AUGGCUUCUCUCCUCUCUCUCUUCUGCUUUUUCAUUUUUGCUUCUCUUUCACUCGCUAAUGCUAAAUCUAAUUCUACUUUCACUCCCAUCAAUCGCGAUCUCUACCACUCCAGUGCUGAUUUAUUAGAGCAAAUAAAGGCAUUGGUACACCGGCACCCAGACAAAUUUACCGUUGAGACGACUAAAACAGGAAACAAGGGUUAUAAAGCAGAGAUCACUGUGGUUACUUAUUGCAGAGGUAGAAAAGAAGAGAAUGAUGACAAAUCAAAGUUUCGGAUUCUUCUUAGUUUCGGGCAACAUGGGAGGGAGCUUAUUACAACAGAACUUGCAUUCCGGAUCUUGUCGAUUUUAAGUGAGGAACAGUUUCUACCUGAUUUAGAUGUUGCUUCUUUAAACAAGACCCUAGACAAGCUCAUCAUAAAGGUGGUGCCAAUGGAAAAUCUGAAUGGACGGAAACUUGUUGAAGAAGGAGAUCUUUGUGAGAGGAGAAAUGGUAGAGGAGUUGAUCUCAACCGGAAUUGGAGUGUUGAUUGGGGCAAAAAGGAGAAGGACUAUGAUCCAUAUGAAGAAAAUCCUGGAACUGGUCCUUUCAGUGAACCUGAAACUCAAAUAAUGCGGAAACUCGCCUUAACAUUCGAUCCUCACAUAUGGAUUAAUGUGCAUUCUGGAAUGGAGGCGUUAUUCAUGCCUUAUGACCACAGGAAUAUAACCCCUGAUGGCGCGCCAUCCGAACAGAUGAGGUCAUUGCUUAAUAAACUGAACAAUGUUCACUGCCACAAGCAUUGUAUGAUUGGUUCAGGAGGAGGCUCUGUUGGGUAUCUUGCACAUGGGACAGCAACAGAUUUCAUGUACGACAUCGUAAAAGUGCCAAUGGCUUUCACCUUUGAGAUAUACGGAGAUGAGGCAGCUUCAUCAAAGGACUGCUUUAAAAUGUUUAAUCCCGUUGAUCUUACUACCUUUAAUAGAGUCCUCAAUGAUUGGUCUUCUGCUUUUUUCACAAUUUUUAAGCUGGGACCGUUCCAGCUAGAUGGAAACAGUUCAAAGGCAAUGAUAGCAUCCGGAUUCGACAAGUUUGUAUCUAUUGAUGAAUAUCUUGAUGGGUACUUAAUGGAGAGGAGAAAUAGAUAUGGUAAAAAGAUGGAAGUGCUAGAUGUUGGAAUGCAGGAGAUAAGAACAUAUUUUAGGCUCUUCUUAUUAUCCUCAGUUUUGUUAUUGUUCAUGUUUUGUUCUAGAAUUGCAAAGAGCAAGUCCAGUAGACCUAUUGUUUCAGCCUUACCCAUCUAA